CUGCAGGCAUCUUACAUCAGCUUAGUUUAUGACAGAGAAAGUACGGAAUUCUAAGAAACUUCAGCCCAAAGACAGGUCGGUGUACAUACACACAGACAAGAAACAAAAUAUUCUAGCUGUUCACGUCGAGGAAAGUGAUCUUUGUCACAAAGUAUUUCCAACAUUGCUGACUCCUUUCAGAAGAAAGGCACCAAAAUUGGCAGUCCACUGUAUCAAAGACCCUAGCGCUGGAGGUAAAUGAUAAACAGGGGCCUAAAGAACAGGAUGGUUCUCUAACAAGUAAAGAUCACCCAACACCUGAAAAUCUGCUCACCUGAGAUGGUCACCACUUCCUGUCCAAUUAUGCACCUGCUGUUGAUGCUGCUACUUUGCUUUGGUCUUGCAAGUGCUCAGGUGAAUCCAGCCGUGUGUCGCUACCCUCUUGGGAUGUCAGGGAGGAAAAUCCCCGAUGAAGACAUUACAGCUUCCAGCCAGUGGUACGAUUCUACCGCAGCCAAACACGGAAGACUGGAUUUUGAAGAAGGGGAUGGAGCCUGGUGUCCAGAUGGUCCAGUAGAUCCUGAGGACAUGGAAUUUCUUCAGGUUGACCUGCGAACUCUGCACUUUAUUACCCUUGUGGGAACUCAGGGGCGCCAUGCUGGAGGUCAUGGCAAUGAGUUUGCUCAGAUGUAUCGGCUCGACUACAGUAGGGAUGGAAAACGAUGGAAUUCGUGGAAAAAUCGACAUGGGAGACAGGUGAUUGAAGGAAAUGCAAACCCAUAUGAUGCUGUACUGAGAGAUCUGGAGCCACCAGUGAUAGCUAGAUUUGUCCGGUUCAUACCAAUUACUGAUCACUCCAUGAGUGUGUGUAUGAGAGUGGAGCUCUAUGGAUGUGAGUGGUUAGAUGGUCUAGUGUCUUACAGUAGCCCAGUUGGUCACCAGAUUUUCUCAUCCAGGAGUCCCACUGUUUAUUUGAAUGAUUCAGUCUAUGACGGUGCAAUUAGUUCAAGGAUGGUUUCAGAAGGACUUGGUCAGAUGACAGAUGGCGUCUGGGGUUUGGAUGAUUUCACACAGAGCCAUGUAUACAAUGUGUGGCCAGGGUAUGACUACUUGGGAUGGAGGAAUGACAGCUUUGAAAAUGGCUACGUGGAAAUCCUCUUUGAGUUUGACCGGGUCCGAAAUUUCACAGCAAUGAAGGUCCAUUGCAAUAACAUGUUCUCAAAGGCGGUGAAGAUAUUCAGGGAAGUGCAAUGCUUUUUCUGCUCAGAACCGGGUAAAUGGGAACCAAACCCAGCCACGUCUGUUCUGGUUCUAGAUGAUGUCAAUCCGAGUGCUCGCUUUGUCACCGUUCCACUACAACAUCGUAUGGCAAACUCCAUCAUGUGCCAAUUCUACUUUGCAGAUAUAUGGAUGAUGUUCAGUGAAAUUUCCUUCCAGUCAGACACAGCAAUGUACAACACUUCAGGGGUUUAUCCAACGGUUAAAGUAGACAGCACAACCCAUAGUGAAAAAGAUAUCAACCCAAUGCACAAAGUGGAUGACAGCAACACUCGAAUCCUCAUUGGCUGUUUGGUGGCUAUUAUUUUUAUCCUGGUCGCCAUCAUUGUCAUCAUCCUUUGGCGGCAGUUUUGGCAGAAGAUGCUGGAAAAGGCUUCACGCCGAAUGCUGGAUGAUGAGCUCACAGUGAGCCUCUCACUGCAGAGUGAGACCAUCAUGAUAAACAACAAGUCCUCGCCACCCAGUGAGCAGGAAUCCAAUUCCACAUAUGACCGGAUAUUCCCGCUCGGCCCCGAUUACCAGGAGCCAUCAAAGCUGCUCCGCAAGCUUCCAGAAUUUUCCCUGAGUUGGGAUGAGCCAGGGUGUAGCAGUGACUACGCGAAGCCACUUGGAGCACCGCAAGAUAAUGUGCCACACUAUGCAGAGGCCGAUAUUGUGAACCUGCAGGGUGUCACUGGAAGUAACACUUAUUCUGUCCCUGCUGUGACCAUGGAUUUGCUGUCUGGUAAAGACGUGGCUGUGGAGGAAUUCCCACGCAAGCUGCUGACACUUAAAGAAAAGCUUGGAGAGGGACAAUUUGGGGAGGUUCAUCUUUGUGAAGCAGAAGGGAUGCAAGAAUUCAUGGACAAGGAGUUCCCAUUUGACAUUUGUGUCAAUCAGCCAGUGUUGGUUGCAGUGAAAAUGCUACGAUCAGAUGCCAACAAAAAUGCUAGAAAUGACUUCCUGAAAGAAAUCAAGAUCAUGUCACGGCUGAAAGAUCCAAACAUUAUCCGGUUGUUGGCAGUCUGCAUCAGGGAUGACCCCCUUUGUAUGAUCACAGAAUACAUGGAAAAUGGGGACCUUAAUCAGUUCUUAACUCGCCAUGAACCAGAAAGUGCAGAGCCAAUGGCAAGCAAUGCACCCAUUGUAAGCUAUGCCAACCUCAUAUUGAUGGCCAUGCAGAUAGCUUCCGGCAUGAAGUACCUCUCCUCCCUCAACUUCGUUCAUCGUGACCUUGCCACUCGGAACUGCCUGGUGGGUAAGAAUUACACAAUCAAGAUAGCAGACUUUGGCAUGAGCCGUAACCUGUACAGCGGAGAUUACUACCGAAUCCAAGGGCGAGCUGUGCUUCCUAUUCGCUGGAUGUCAUGGGAGAGCAUUCUACUGGGCAAGUUUACUACAGCAAGUGAUGUAUGGGCUUUUGGAGUGACCUUAUGGGAGUCAUUGACCUUCUGCCGAGAACAGCCCUACUCCCAACUGUCAGAUGAGCAAGUCAUUGAAAAUACUGGCGAGUUUUUCAGAGAUCAAGGUCGACAAGUUUAUCUCGCUCAGCCAGCUAUCUGUCCGAAUGGCGUGUACAAGCUGAUGCUCAGCUGUUGGCGACGUGAACCCAAAACCCGGCCAACAUUCCAAGAUAUUCACCGCGUUUUGCAGGAAUCCGCCAUUGCAUCUGGGCUGGAGGAAUGAGCGCAUAGUGAGGGGGACGUCCAAACAGUCAUGACUUUAAAUAGACCUUUUCAUGUCUGAUUACUACUGCGCAUUUUGGCGUGUUUAAAUUGUGGAGGGUGUGGAAUGAAAGCCACAGUUUCCAGUGCCGCAAGAUGGAAGCAUAUUUGAAGGAGGAAGAAAUGAGGAGAGCAUAUGCAAGUGGAAAGUCUUAUUUUCACAAUAAAGGUGGAAAUUAGAACUUAAUGAUAUGGCACUAGGCAAACAUCCUUGCCUUCUUGUUCAUUUGGACUUCCUACAAUUGAGUGGACAAGAUAAUGAAAGCAGAUCCAUAUCAGAGUAGAAGGUUUCUUGGUAGGGCGCAAGGACAUGUAGAAAAUGAGAGAUUAAAAGCAAUACAUGUACAGUAGCUUAUAAGCAGUAGAAAUUCUUCCUAUGGACACUUUUAUUCUAAAGGUUCUAUUCACACUUUUCAGUAAUACUUCAGGAGAAAUUGUAAAUGCUGUUUGGAAAAGGAGGGUACAAUAUGUCUGGUAAAGUGUUAUGUCUAUGAUUUUUCUUUAGCAUCUGGUUCACUUCAAAGAACAUCGCUUCGGAAUACAGAGAAACUUUUUAGGUUUUUUUUUAAAAAGAAGCACUUUUUGCUACUAAUGUCUAGGAAAAGGCACAGUCAUGAGUCUGUUCAAAGUGCAAUUUAUAUUCAAGAAUAAGAUUGCUUAUGGCUUAAUGACAGGUAUUACAGCAUCAAAAGUAAGUCUACUAAUGCAUGUUGUUCUUUGAGUUAUGACCAAGCAAUAAAGAUGCUGGUUUAAUUUAGAUAUCAAAAUGUCUAUUGGCAGACUUGCGUCAUUGCUAUAUUAUUUUGGUUUUGGAUAUCUGUAUAUUGUCUAGAUGUUUUCAUUUUGAGCGCAGUUACCCAACUGUAUUUAGAUAUUUAUGCAAAUUUUAUUAAAUAUACAUGCAAAUAUCAA